CUAUGGCAGCCGUCACACCACUGCUUUUGCUCCUACUUCUCUCCAGCGCACCAUCGUUUUCAUCAGGGUCUCGAAAUGCGUACAACAUCAAUGGUAGAGUGAAGAUACCCCAAGGUCCAGGCACAAAAGGGUAUGCUUUGCCCGGAAGAAUGUCCAACGUUAAAGUUUUACUCAAUGGUGGCCAAAACAUUACUUUUCUGAGACCUGAUGGAUACUUUUCAUUUCACAACAUACCAGCAGGGACUCAUUUGAUUGAAGUGUCUGCAAUCGGCUAUUUCUUUUCUCCGGUUAGAGUUGAUGUUAGUGCUAGAAACCUAGGCAAGGUGCAGGCAGCAUUGACAGAAAACAGGAAGGGUCUCAGUGAAUUGGUUUUAGAGCCAUUGAGAGAGGAACAAUAUUAUGAGGUUGAGGAAACUUUUGCUAUAUUUAUGUUUAUGUUUCCUUUUGUUUUGAGUUACCAUCUAUCCUUUUUGCCUAAGCUUUAUCCUACUUUUGUUGCAGAUUAG